AUGAUGAAAUUCAUCCAUUUCGCUUUUCUACUCUCGAUUUCACUUCAUGUUUUGGCACGAGCCACCGAGUCUUCUGAAUCCGAAUCAGUGGAUUCUUCGAGAUCCUCGUCUUCGGAGGAGUUGAAAUAUAAUGAGAAUGUGGAGGACUUGGUCAAGAUUGAUGGAAGUAACUCGACUGUCGAAGAAGUGAAAGACACGGACACGGCCAAAAACGAAAAUUCCAAUAAAUCUGCAGAAGCAGACACAUUGGAGAAGGUUCAUGAGCCAGCUGGGAAGACGAAUUUGGAGAAAUUCGAUGAAGGAUUGGAGUCGGAUAAGAAGGAAUAUGUUCAGAAGAGAGCUGAAAAUGCUCCGAUUCCAAGUAACUCCACUGAUAACUUAACCGAAGAAGACAUGAAAAUGAUGGAUCAAUUCAACAAAACAAUGGAGGCUGACGAGGAAAUGCAAAGAAGCAAUGAGACGGUUCUUGGAAUCGACACUUUCGGAGCACAGGGAAUCUGA